GGAGUAAUAAAUACAAACGCAGAAGAAUAAAAUAACGACUAUAAAACGGAACAAAUUGCAUUUAUCAUAUAGUACAUAUAACUACAUUGAUCUCAACAGGUAUCAGUUACACCAACAUUCCCAGUUAAAGUAUUUGUAGAAAAGUUGUGAAUAGUCAGCUGAUUGAAACGUGGAUAUAAGAUAGCGUGGUGAUGUAAAGGAUUAUGUUAAUGUACCACCAAAAACAAACAUUGAUUCCAACAUGUGAAGCUUGUAUUUGACAGAGUCAAUUUGAGCGGUUGACUGCAAGAAUGAUGAAUGAAGAAGAAGAAAAACGGGAAUGUAGUUUAUCAGAUCAGCCGGGAUUACGAUCACUGACAGAGGAAGAAGAUACCACGGAGAGGAGCUCAAUAUCUACACCAGAAGAGACAUCUUGUGAUUCAUCUGAAAAGAGCGCUUCAGUUCAGAAAUACGAGGAAGAGUGGGCCCAAUUAUACAGGAGAGAUGAUCCAGAACUUGGCGAACUUCGUCGUCGUGCUAUUCUGGGAAAUCUUAGAGCAUCACGCUUUCGCAGUGUAUGUUGGCGUUCUCUUUUGGCAGUUUUGUCUCCUGAUACAAGUCAGUGGCUUAGCCAGCUUCGACAACAACGUCAGCAUUAUGCAAGAGUUCUCAAAGAACUAUCUCUUGAUCCAUGGGACAGGAGUCAGCCUGAAGACAAUCCUCUGUCCCAGAAAACUGAAAGCAUAUGGCAUCAGUACUUCUGUGACAAGGAGCUGCGGUCUCUUAUAAAGCAGGAUGUGGUAAGGACCUUUCCAGGAGUAGACUUCUUCAGGAAGGAGAUGAUACAAAAUGCAAUGGUCAACAUCUUAUUCUGCUAUGCUCGUGAGAAUCCUGCAAUGUGCUAUCGACAGGGAAUGCAUGAAAUCCUCGCCCCAUUGUUGUUUGUGCUGCAUUGUGAUCACCAAGCGUUGCUACACACUCGAGAGCAAACAGCAGUCAGUGAUGUGAUUAUGGAAGUUCUUGACCCAGCAUUUCUUGAAGAAGAUGCAUACACGAUAUUUUCCAGAAUCAUGAGUGGGAUUGAGUCCUGUUAUCGGAUCAAUGAUGUCACACCGACUCCUACUGGCUACUUUCCAGUGAACCUGCAGUCUCCACAAGGAAAUGGUUCUGGAAAUCAGUUGGAGAAUAAAGUGGUCACACAGCUAAACUGGAUUAGAAAUCAGAUUUUGGUCCGUGCUGACAAACAGCUAUAUGAACAUCUGCAGCAGUUAGACAUCCCUCUUCCUCUGUUUGGAAUACGUUGGCUCCGUCUUUUGUUUGGGAGGGAAUUUCCCUUGCAAGACUUGCUGGUACUAUGGGAUGCCAUCUUUGCAGAAGGUGAAAACUUUGAGCUGGUCAACUAUAUAGUAGUGGCAAUGCUUAUAGCCAUCAGGUGUCAAUUGCUGAGUGGGGACUAUACAACUUGUAUGACCUACCUCAUGCGAUAUCCUGGAGCUGUGGAUAUUUCUUACAUUAUUGAACAUGCUCUCUUUCUCAGGGAUCCACAGAAACAUUGCUUACCUGCAAUGACAUCCUUCCCAAAUCUGCCUGUGGUGACAGUUGGUGGCAGGGCAGAUCUGAACCGUGCUCCUGGACAACAUACUGCCACAGCAGACAAGGAGCUUUCUAAGAAGGUGCCACAAACCUCACAAGCAGCUUCCAUCUCUGGCAGGUUGAAGAAGCUUUCAAAAAAGUCAGAUGGUUGGCUAGGUGGUAAACAUACCCAGACAGGUGGAACAACUGGUGGGAGGAACGAUAUUGAUGGCACUGUUGUUGAUGGAUAUACACUUGAUGAUCCUGCUUUGCUCAGAGCAGAACUGCAACAUGCGCAUGCUGUCAUGACACUUUGCCGAAUGAAGCUGUCACAGUACCACGCUGUAUUGCAGCGCAGCUUUCCAUCUACUCCCAGUGUGGAAACCCUGCAGGUACUGGAUGGAUUACGAGAGCUGUGUUCACUUCUGAGAAGUCGCCACCAUAUAUCCCAGCCACUAGAAGUAGAGCCAGCAUAUGAAGCUGGAGAAACUCGAAUAGAUAAACAGUCAGUUGCACUCCAGAGGGCUGUUUCUCCGCCCACUCAGCUUGCCUUACGUCACAAUCAAGAGAAGCAGAAGGUGGUUGCUGCAAAGCGAAAAGAUGUGGUAGUACCACCUAAAGGUGAAGUGGACAUGAAGGUGUUCAGCAGAACAGAAGGUCUCAGCGAAUGUGUGCAGGGAGCACCUUCCAAAGAUCCAUUAGGUACAGGGCUUAGUCUUGAGAGAGAACCUCCACUCACUUAGGCAAGUUGGCAGGGUGUGUUAUUCAGUUCUUAAGCAUGUAUGUAUGAAUACUAUGAAAAGAAUAGUUUCAUUAGUAAUGCACAUAUACAAGACUGAUAAUUUGCAGCUUUUUCAUAAAGAAUUUGUAUCUGAAGUAUGGUAUUGCACUGGACAUUUCAGUCAUUUACUUCAUAGCCUUUUUCUUUUGUAAAAGUAUUAAGAGGUUUGUAUCUGUUGUAUUGAAGUAGCUUUAUCAUAUGAGGUAACCAAUAAUUUUGUAUAUUCAUACUAUUUCAAGAAUUCUUUGUAAUGUAUUAUAUACUGAAUCUGUUUUCUUUAAAUGUUAUGGAAAAUAUUGGAUCAUUUAAGACAGUUUAUGCUGUCAGGUGUAGAAGGAAGAGGGGAAGUUUAUUUUCAUAAUGUAAUACUGUGGGACUCCCACAAAAGGCAGUGUAAAAAUAAUUGCAGUUAUAACGUUCUUUCCUAACUUAUCUCUAAGGCUGUGUUUUCCUAUUACAUCCAGUGGCCCUUUUUUUGCUCUGAAAAGCAACAAAUCACAAUUUCACCAUUAUCUCAGUCAUGAUUGAAUUGCAGUAUGUUACUAAAUCUGAUUUAACUCUGAACUAAUUUUGCCCACUAAAAUUAGGAUGGAACAUGUUCUUGUGAAAACAGUAACCAACAUUCAGGUUUCAUAAAGCUGGGGAGUUUCUUGACCAGCUGAGUGAUUAUUUGCUUCUCAAGGACUGCUGUAUGGAGUUAGUUACACUGGAACAAGCCUCACUGCACUAACACAUUUUAAUAUGAUCAUUGUUUAGGAGCUGUUAAUUAAUGUACAUGUUAAUAAAGCAGUGGAACUUCUGUAAGAUGCUGA